AUGUCCUCUAGUUCUAAGCCACCAGACUCGGCUUCCGCACCGCCAGUGGCCAUCCCGCGCCCGCAAGCAAACACCAUCUUGACUUCGUUUACAACAUUUCUCACGCUCACAAUCCACACGAUACUGUAUUACAGGCGUCUCUAUCCGCAGCAAACUUUUCUUAUGACCAAAGCCCACAACCUCCCAGUACCCCAAUCCCGACAUCCAGCGCUGUGUGAAUGGAUCACCUCAGCCCUCGCUGCGAUACAGGAUCAGCUUGCACUUGGCACCGCCUCGAAAGUCUGUGUUGUCAUUCAUGCCGCAGAGACGAUGGCGGUCGUUGAGAGAUGGGUCUUUGACGUCACAAACUUCCCAGUCUGGGCUACGGGCAAGGGCAAGGAGAGGCUUGGUCAGGGGCAGAGGUUUCAGCGACGGGAGGAAGACGACGAUGAUGGCUCGGUGAACUGGGUUGAUGUGAAUGAAGCGUACAGAGGAGCUCUCAGACGUCUGGCUUAUGCUGCCGAGAUGAAGGGUUCAUUGCCAGAGGGAUGCACCUUCACAAUGGCCGUUGAGCUGAGAGACGAGGCGCCGGCGCCGAUAGGGCAUCCACAGCCUUGGAUUCCUUCCGAGCCCUCACUCCAGCCCGCAUCAAAACUAAACCCGGUGCCAGGCGCAAACAUCGGAGGUGUCUCUACCACACCGCUGCGCUCCGUCGAAGCUGGACCCCUGUUCUUUGAGUGUUGGAUCGAGGAAGGCAGAUCUCCAUCAUCAACCCCGUCCACUCAAGAUUCUUACUUUUCAUGA